AUGGCUUCCUCUUCAGAUACUGGAGUGUCGGACACUUUGGAUCCUUUAGCGAUUGUGUCGGACGAUGAGAUUAUGUCAGAGAGUGAGGUGUACACGUCAGACACCACCAGCACGGAUGAGGACGAUUUUCAGCCGUUUGCUCUUCCCGACUUUGGAGAUGACGUUCCUAUUGCUGAUGGCCCUACCGGUGGGGACCUACCUUUUCCUCAGGUCCCUGCUCCUUUACCGUUUGCCACAGUUCCUCUCGAGGAUCUGCCUCACGAUGAGCUUCCUGACGAUGACAUCGACUUGGUCCUAGAGGGUCCCCCGGAGGGAGACCAGGAUGGUGUGGCCCUCAUGGACGCCGAUGUUCCUCUGGCUGACGAUCCCGUUGUUCCUUUGGCUGGAGUUCCUGCUGUUAUGCCCAUUGCUGAUCCUGUCAUUCCUGUCGAGGCUCCCAUUGAGGAGGCUCCUUUUGAUCUGUUUGGUGCUCACUCCUUCGAGUCAGUAGCGUCCGCUUCACUACACGCCCAGAGCGUACAGCUCCAUUCCUCUGAUUCCGACUCAGACAUGGCGAUGUCUGUUGCACCUCACGACGAUGACCCAGAGCCUGCUGUGGCCCUUGAGCCAGUUGACGCUCCUGACCCCGCAUUGGAGCAUGACCCUAUUCAUGCCGAUGCACCUGCGAUUGCCCCUUUGGCUGAUGAUAUACCUGUCGAUGAUCACCCUAUUGUUGCUCCACUAUUGGAGGAUGAGCAUGCCAUUGAUGCUCAGGUUGAUGCCCCUCACAUUGCUGAUAUACCCGCUGAGCCUGUUGUUGUCGCACCUCUUCCUGACCCUGUUCCUUUGGAGCCCGACCAUGCACUCUUCGCGACUCAUGUUGACCCCCGUUAUGCGCACACCCGGAAUGGGUGGAUUGAUGAUGAUGAUGAGUACCCGCCUUUUGUGGUACUAGUUACACCCGUUCCAGCCCCUGUGUCAGUUCCUCCUGAGGCUCCUAUGCAUCCCGUUCAUACUACCGGUGUUCACCACACCGACUUACCUGUUAUGUUCCGUCAGAUUACUCCGCCAUCGCGCCCGCGAGAGGGUUCCUCAACUCACCCCUUCGGUCAUGUGCCGACAUCUGUCCCGGUCAUACCACAGUUUUCUUCUGUUAUUCCCCCUGUUCCACCGUUUACUGUGCCACCUUUUACUCCAGCUAGUGAGCCUUUUCUUUGGACAUCACUACCCAUCAUGCCACCAUCCGAUCCCUAUCAUCCUUUUCAUAUGGGAUAUUCUGUUGAGGACAUUCUCAUGUCAUUCGUAGUCCAGCAGGAGGCACUUACGCGACGCGUGCAGGAGCUCGAGAGAGCACAGCGACCCCCUUGCCAGUGCCCUCCUCAUCCUGCGAUAUCGCAUCCCCCUCGACCGUUAUCACCAGACUCUGCUGCACGGUUUUGGACUCAGGAGCAGCAGAUUGCUUUUUUGUUGCGUUCUCACCGAGCCAUGGAGGAGGAUUGGCUCCACAUGCGCCGUUUGUUCUAUUCUCAUUUUCCCCAUCCUCCACCGCCAUCAGCGUAG